GCGGGACAGGAUUGGACGAAAGUUAAGCAAUCGACAUGCCGCGGAAGAAGUGACGUCAGCCGUAGCGGUGACGCAUGAUGUUUAGUUUUUUGGGCGCGAGCUAAAGUGCUACCUUCCUCUGAAAGCUAACGAGACGAACUUGUGGGAUAAAAUGUAAGUACAAACGAUUAACAUUCUCUUGUGUACCACGAAUCAGUCUCACAUUUAGUGUCAUUAUAUCUACCACAAAAGUACCCGAAAACAGUACAGUCGGCAAACAACUUUAAGGUUUGAAGUCUGCUGCGUCAUAGUUAUGUUUCAGUGCACUAAUGUGCGGCGGACCAAUAGCAUUACAAAAUACAGAUAAAGAGGAGAUUCAUAAAUUCAAGGGACCCUUUUGAAUGACACAAUACGUUGCCUAUUUUACUCACUGUGUGCGGAUGUCUGCGUAUUUUCAAGACAACGCGAGAAAUUUAUGCCAGUUAUACUUGGCACGACGGCGAGUUUAAUCCCAAGUCAGAAAUACAAGGAAGUCUUGUUUCAGGCAUUCUUUUCGACUGCACAUGCACCUCAAUAACAAUGUAUUUUAAUUUAUCUUAUGACACCAAAUAAUCUUUUUUUUUUCUGUUUUGGCCUGACUCUCACACCCAUGUUAGUCUGGAAUUUUCUGCUUCAUUAUACUGACCGGAACACAGAUUGCUGGGCCACAAUGUUGGAUGGUGGGAAGUUUGUAGAAGCCUUAACCCGUCUAGGUUAUCCUGGCGCAUCAUCACUGAAGUCUUCGGAGUUUGACUGGCUGUUCGACUGUGCCCCAGAAAAUCUUCACUUCCUUCGGUUUGUGUGUCGAACCCUCACCGGUAAAAAUGUAUUGUCCCUGGAGGAAGCAGCUGCGUUUCAGAGGCUUUGCAAAUCUGGAAAACCAAUCCUUGAUGACUCUGCUCUCAGAGAGGUCCUUAAAACAAUCGGACCUUCUGAAGAAAAUAAUGGCAUCUUCGUUACGUGUCCAUCAUCCAAGUUUGUGGCAGAAGCUCAUGUGACCGUAGAGGAUUUAGAAGCUGAGCUCAUGGAACUACGUCAAGAGAAGGACCUGAAACAGCAACGCUACAACAGGCUCCAGGCGAUCGCCACAUCUCGUGCGGAUGCUGACAUGCGUCUAAUUGUAGAGUUGGAAAGUUCUAGGACAAGGCUGAAGGACGUCAAUUCAUCACUUGGUGCUGAGAAUGCAGAUGCAAAUGCCCUUUUGGAAAGCCUCUCAGACGAAGUUUCCAAACUUGCUUCCUUCUUGUCUGCCCAACUGGAGGAUAAAGGCAUUUCAGUGGACAAAAUGCCAGCCACUCUUCUGUCCCAGCUAUCAUUAACUCCAUAUCUACACCAGGAGGAGCUUAAUACAAAAACCCUUGCUGCCUUUACUCAGAAACAGUUUUUCCAAGGCAUCUCUGACAUUGUUGAGACUUCAGAAAGAUUCCAGGUCUUGGACAUCAGCUCUUGUGAAGCUGAUGAUCAUAAUGAGAACGAAAGUGGAGAGAAAGAAGAGCGAGUUGUGGAUAAACAAAGGACAGAGAUGGCCAGACUUCAAUGGUCUCACAUUGUUGCUCAACAUCAGCUGAUGCAGGCCACAGCAGAUGAAAAGAGCAUCCAGGCUGGCCUACAGUGGCUCUCUGAAAAGUCUUUAUAUACAAAGAACAAUUCCUUGUCUUUCCAUGUGCGCGAGGCUACCUCAAGGAAGGAGUUACAUGCGCUCGAAGCUGAGCUUAAUUCUUUGCUUCAUGGGCCUGUUCCGAUUGCACUAAGAGAGUCGGCAAAGCUACUGAAUGUGCCAGUGGUCAGGGGUGACCUUGCUCUGCAACUGGCCAGGCAGAACUUCUGUACGUCUAGACAGGAUCAGGUACGGGAUUACUUGCUUCGCCAGAAAGCAUCAUUUGAAGUACUCCUUCUUGCCCAGGAGAUGGAGCUAAGGGAUUGGAAAAUAUGCCACAGGCUUCUAGAAAAAGUUAACUGUAGACUUAUGGAUGAGGAGAAGGAGGCUUCCAAGAGAAUUGAGUGUCUGGCUCAUCCUGACUUUGCUGUUAACAAUCGUCCAAAUCCCGUCAUCAGCUGCAAGGAUGCAGCAUUCAGGAGGCUUUUUCAGAUACUUGACCAGGAAUCAGGUCAUGAAAGGGCUGACCCAUUUUGGACCUAUGAGACACUGGACCAGGGUGCUUCUGACCUAGCUGACAAUCUAAAAGUGACGCGGGAAGCACUGAGUGGAGCAGAGCAACAGCAGUACAGCACUGCAGCUUGUCUUAGCUGCCAUUCUGAGGAGCUUCACCGGGCUAUGUACACAGAGCUCCAGCAACUGGUCUUGGGUCCUCAGGUAUGUUCAAUGGUACUCGGUGACCAGGAGCUACUCUGUCCUAAUGCACAGGAGUUGAUGACAAAGCUUGCGGAGGCUGAGUCCAAGUUAAAGAAUUUGCAACAGUUAAUGCAAGAAAUAAUGAUGGAAGUGAAAGCCAAGGGCUCACAACUGGAGCGUAAUGCCCUCCUUAGGAGGGAAAGGGAAUUGUAUAUCUACUUCCACUUAGAUCCCAGACUCUUGCAGAAAGUGGUUGAAGAUGCUGAACGUCAAAAGAACAUCAAAAGUGCUCUGGGGCCAGGGAAGAAUGGAAAUGUUAGAGUUAACAGGCUUCCUGAGAGGCACGGUAUGAAUGAGUCUAGCUCCAGGCUUUAUGCAGGUCCCCUCUCCGAUGCAGCACAGAAGAUCUUGAAGGCUCUCUGGGCCCAGAAUCCCACUACCAUCAAAGAGAGCCAGCAUCAUCCAAAUUACAGGCACACUAAAUGUGGCAGCAAGAAAGGCACUUUUCAAACGUCAUCCUUCAAUCAUUGCUUCACAAAAGAGCCUCUGACCAACCAGGGCUCCCCCUGCUGGGAAAUAUCCCUCCACAGUCAUAAGUCCCAGUAUGAGGCCUGUUCUCAGUCCUCACAGACCUAUUCCUCAGGUGUGCACUUGGAAACCACAGCUCCCCAGCCCAGCCAGCUUCGAUCAGUCACUCAGCAGGAGCUGUCUAACGUGGAUAUACCUUUGUACCAAAGAGAUGUCAGCGGCCUGUCUUCAAAAAUGACAUUGAAACCUGACUGGCAACUGGAUCCUUUAAUGAGGAACUCCCUUGAUGAUGUAAUGCCAUGCCUCAUCCUUGAUCAUUCUUCAGAGGUUGAAUUGCAUUCUGACUUAACGUUUGUCUCUGAGGUACUGCCUCAUUGUCACAAAGAGGAUUCAGCUCUGGAUUGUCAACUUAACUCAUCAUUCUACCUUAAGAGGAAUAUUGAAAAAAGUAAUAUUUCACGUGAUGAGCUUGGGAUGUACGAGGCACUGGGUAGUAAAAUCCCCAGAAGAACCAUGGAGGGAAAGAUUGCAGCUUCAGCAAACAAAAGGCCACCUUAUCCUACAGACACUGCACAUCAGCAGCCAUUGUCUGAAAAUGUACGUGGAAACCCUCAGAGCCCCCACAGUGUGUGUUUGACCACAUCAGCCACACACUCUAUAGAACAUGGUUUGACAAUGGUCAAGUCAAGUGACACUAGUACAAGGCGUGUUUUGAAUUCACAGUUCAUGCACGAUAACUGUGACAUGCUAGAAAACUAUAACAAGAGACAAGUGGAUUUAAAUUCCAAAACAUUAAUGAAAACUAUUGGCAUUAACGCUGAGGCUUUAGGAUGUAUUUUGUUGGAGAACAAAAUAAAUCUUGAGAAAACCAAUUCACCAGACACCCGACAAAUUGAUUGGGAGGUUGCAAAUGGAAUGGUGCCAUUUGGAUAUUGCACUCUUGAGACGACAAAGUCUUUUCAUUGCAUUGGAGAUGAAGCAACCAGGAGUAUGCCACACUUGGAUCAGACUGAAGCAGGAACACAGCCUCCAAGGGUAGAAGUGUCCAUGCCCUUGGAGACCACAAGAGUUGUUCUUCCCUGCACUGCUUCAGACAAAUAUAAGGGAAACACUAAUGGGUGUGAAGAUAAAAUACAGAACCUGCCCAGUUGUGGUGUGACCUUGAAUGACAAGAUAAAUGUGAAGCAAGCAGAUAAAGAUGGACCAGUGACAAGAGCCAUGGCUUUGGAUGACGAGAUUUCUUUUUCAGAUGAGAAAGAAAGGUGCCCCAGGCAAUCACUGUCCCAAGCACAAUUUUUUGGAAUCAGGAUGCCAUAUGAGAUUGUCCAAGACAAGCUCCUUGUUGUUGAUGACGGUAUCGCAGUAAACCACACAAGCAUAGAACUGGUUUCACCAAGCUCCCAAAAUGCCACAGCUCUAUUGGCAACCCCCUCAUCACCGGUUUCUCCGCCGCUCCCAGUGAUCCGAACAUGGUCCAACGAGGGACAAUAUGAUUUUCAGCAAGCCAGAAAACAUGAAACCUCCCCUAGAAUCUCUCUCAGAGCGUGUCAUUCAAAGUGGAAGCCACCGUGUUCUUCGCGUAGGAAGCCAGGUGAAAGCUUGAGCAAGUCGAAGAAAAUAAUGGGGAGUAUUCAAAAACCAGCGGUUUUAGCCAAAGGACCACAAUCGCAUAGAACUAAAGAAGAGUUGAAUCUUCAGGCUGAACUGUGUGCACUGGACAAAGACAAAAAGCGAUCUAAGAAGACUGUUGCUACAGCCAAAGAAUCCUCAAUACAUCUGACAGCUGAAGAUCUGACCAACAGAACACCCAUGAGAAGGCUAGAGCAAACUUCACACAAGCCAAAAUCACUCUGUGAGCACGAACAUGAGAAUGAAUCUGAAAACGGAGCCAAAAGUUGUUCUUUAAGCACAGCUCUAACGUCCGACAGUAGAGUGAAGAAUUCUCGGAACAUGACAUCAGAGGAAAAAUGCCAGGUGCUUGCUAAGGUUGAGGAGGCCGAGGUGCUGUUGCUUACCAUUGUUUACCAGGAUGGCUCCACACAGUUAGACGUAGAACAGAGGCUAACUCAGCCACCCACUGGCUUCCUCAUUCUCCUGAAGUAUGAUCUGAAUGCAGUCAUACCUGAGGACACAGUUGGCCCAGAAGAUGAGUUGGUCUACCUGAAGUUGGAGCAGACACCUUUAUGGGCUCAGCAACACUCAGAUAACAAAACCCAACUCUUUAGCAGAGAUAUGUUGCUUAAGGUGCUCUCAAGAACCAAAACUGUUGUUUGCUUCAAAGCCAAGGAGUUUCUUUGUACAAUGCUGCACUUCUAUGGACCAGACCUACACUGGAAACAAGUGGCAGGUUGCACAGUACAUGAUCCACAGGUGUCAGGCUGGCUCCUGGAUCCAAUAGAUCCCUCAAAAAACUACCCAGACCUUCUGCUGAAACACAAGAGACAGAGCAUUUCUGCUCAUCGUCAAGGUUCUAACAAGGUUUCUCAAGUUAUCUCAGGUCUCUACUUUCUCAACUGCCUACACACAGAACUUUGCUUGCAACUACAGCGACAAGGCCUGUGGGACCUGUACACAAACGUUGAGCUGAAAAUGAUCCCAGUUCUAGCUGGUGAGUUGAAAUGAGCUAUGGAAAGUCACAAUAUCCAUGUGGACAAAGGUGUUCUCAAGCAAACCUCACAACUUUUGGGGGUGAGGUAGACAACGCACCAUGCUGAUAAAAGUAGUUCUGUGUUGUCACAAGCUCAUUUUCUCUGUAGUAAGUUUUACCCACAACUUAGUUGUGAGAUUAUCACAAUGUAUGGAAGUUAGAAACAAAAGUGAAGAAAAAACAUUUUUUUGAUUUAUAGCUGUUGUUGAAUGCACAGAAUGCCGCAUUCUAAACCAGUGAUUCUUAACCAUAGGGCCGAGGCCCAUGGUUGGGCCGCGAGUGCCCCCUAGAGGGCUGCGUAAAGUUUUUUGUUUUACACGUCUGAGCCAUGAGGGUGUUUUAAUACACUUGAGCAUUAUAUGACGAUGCUUUCAUUUACACUUGACUUUAUUUUAUUUCGAACGUUAUUCAUGAUGUACGGCUCUUCCAAUUUUCUCAAUAGUUUGCCUCAAAGGUAUUUUUUUUCUUCCUUUUUUCUUUAGUAAAUUUGAUGAAUGUUACUUGCACCUGAUUCUGCUGCUGGUUGGACUUUUCCGUGACUAAUAUCUUUGCGCUGAUCACAUGGUUUCAUGUCAUUUCACAAGGUUUUGGUUUGUUUACAUGUGUGGUUAUUGAACACAAAUGAAAUCAGUCAUCACAGUACUGAAUCACUUGUAAUCCUUGAAUGGGCCCCUGACCCACUUGUUGUGGAAAAGGUGGGGACAGAGAUCAAAAAGAUUAAAAUCCCCUGAUCUAAAUUAUACUGACUGAUUUAAAUGAUUAGGGGGAAUUAGAAUUAGAGAAGCGAGUUUAGUUCCGCCAUAUUUGCGUGUAGAGGUGUACCUACCUUCUUUUUGUGUUUUUGUAAGUUCUCCCUAUGUUUGUGUAGGUUUUCUCUUGGCACUCAGGUCCCCCCCCAUAGUACAAAAUCAUACUUGCUGGCAGGAUGGCCUCUCCUCUCACCCAAGCAGCUGAGAUGGACUCCAGGCCACACGACUGUGUUGUGAAUAAUGUUUUGAUUUGCACCUAUAUCUUUAAUAUAAUCGAGAUGGCCCAUAGUUCAUUUCUUGCGACUUGGUUAUUUGAAUUUUAAUAACAUUUUAAAUGAACUUUGACGUGAACUGUAUGGUCAGAGGAAAGUGAGGUGCUAAAUAUUAUAUGAAACAUUUCUCUGGACCCAUUCUCUGAAAAGGCUCCUGAAUACAUAUGCUAUUCCAAACGCUAGCAGGGAUGCCAUAGAGGGAGAGUCUUGGUAUUCUGCCAUGUUGCUAUAAAUAGGAUGAAAACAGUCUUUCAGGAGUGUGUGCUGCAGAGAAGUGCAUCACUGUCUGUGUCAGCACACAUCCACACAAGUCGAUGCCCAAGCACCUCAGGCCCUACAGACAGGUGCUGAGUCAAACUGUUUUUGUCAUUGUAUAUUGCGCACAUGUAGCUACCUAUGUCCCCAACCUGUCAGGUUUCAUUUGAGCUGUCAAAAGACACACACAUAUAACUAUGAUUUGAUUUUCACCUGAUACACCGUCAUAUGUAAGGCUAUUUGUAUUGUCGUCAAAGUGUGUAAGAAAGCCAGAUUGUAAGGCAAAACUAAUUACUGAAAUACAAUAGAAGCACAAAUGCAUUGCGCUUCCUAUUUCCAUGUGAGUCCAUGAGAACGCAUGUGCAUCUCUGAGCUUGAAACUCUACCAAGGGGCUGUCAUUUAUAAUAGAUGAGGCAGACUGGUGCUUGCUCUGGGCACUGAGUGAGAGGACGUGAAAGAAGUUGCCUACAUGACUCCUUUUAGCCAUCUUCUUUGAACAUUUGUGAUCAUUUUUAAUGCCAGCCUCAAUAAUCUUCCUCUUUUUUUCUGUAAGUGUUCUGCAGUCUGUUCAGCGAGGAUUGUUAAUGCUUAAUUAUUUAUUUGAGGUUGUUUUUCUUUCUUGAUACAGCUGAUAAGUUAGGUCACCACUCCAGACUCCAUUGUACUGUGCCUUGACUGAAUAGUAUUGCUUCAUUAUCAUAGUCGACGUAAACUUUUAAUAUCCAUUUGAGUCAGCAUUAGUGACACUUAAUCUGAGGAACACAUGCUACUUUCUGAAUAGAGACGCAGUGACUGACUCCUACAGAAUGCCUUUCUCCUUUCUUUUGCUGUUGCUGAAUAUUGACUGAGUCCCAGAUGAUUUCGGACCGAGUCACACCAUCCCUAAGAGAGAUGGUUUGUUGUUCUUUCUUAGCAAUCUUUGUUUAUUGUCCCGGGUGGAGGAAUAAGCAGAUGUGUCUGGCAAAAGCAAAGGCAUUUUCUGCUUUUUGUAUUUUCAACGUAUCUACUUUGCACAUGGGCGGCACAGUGGAGCACUGGUUAGCACUGCUGCCUCUCAGCAAGAAGGUUCAGGGUUCAGCUUGGGGCCUUUCUGGGUGGAGUUUGCAUGUCCUCCCUGUGCCUGUGUGGGUUUUUUGGGGUCCCGGGUACUCUGGUUUCCUCCCACAGCCCAAAGACAUGCUCACUAGGUCUCACUCACGAGGACUCUAAAAUUGCCCCUGUGUGUGUGUGUGUGUGCCCUGCGAUGGACUGACCUGUCCAGGGUGUAUUCCUGGCUCUGUCCAAUGACUGCUGGGAUAGGCUCCAGCACUCCACACAACCCUUACCAAGUCUAAGCACUGGUUAAUUGAAGAUGUAUGCAUGUAUGUACUUUGCACGUUUGUUCAUCACGUGUUGUGUGACUUGUUCUAUCCCAAAUUAAUUCUGUAAUAAUGGA